AUCUUUGCCCUUUUCUAUAACCACCACUCUGAGAGGCUCAAUGCAAUACAUAUUAGAUCAUGUGGGCAUUGUUAGAGCCGCUUACAACCAUGAUGACUGAAUGGACAGGAAGUUGAAAUGACUAAAGAAUUCAUUGGAAGUCCAGAUGUCGGGCUGCAAGCACAAAACUCUAAGAAUGGCGCCUUUACACAUUUCAGUUCUCAAAAAAGCUCAUUGCACCUAUCCGGACCAUGAGCCAUCAACCUGCUGACGCCCAGAAAACGGGCUAUCACACCCACAAACACUUUAGGCAGGACGGGUGUCGCCCUGCUGGAAUGACCCCGCAAAAAAAAAGUUUCCUUUUUUUCUUUGAAGCUUUUGCAACAGAAACUAUCAGAGAAACUCGAUCACUCACAUGAACGUUUACUUCUGUUUUCCACAGUUUACAUGUUGCAUCAACAUAAACAAUUGAAACAGAUCUGUGUGGGAUUCGACGCGCAGACCCAAGCACGGCGAGUUGCUGUCGAAUGGACGACCAGUGUGAAAGUGAAAGAUGAUUGUGGUGACUUUGUAAGUAAAAACGAAUCCAUUUCCUCUAAAGGCGACGUCUGCAAGUACACGAUGCACCAGCUGAAAACUUGUACAAACGCACCAGAAUCGUGAUGCAUGCGGCUGGGGAAAGGAAUAGAAGGAGCCUGCAGCGCAGUGUGCAACUUAUCACUCCUGCAGAAACUCACAGAGACGACUGAAGUGCACAAAAGCUGCCAGAUGUUUGCUUGAAAGACUUUCUGGUGCUCCUUGGUGUUACAGUGUGAACCAACAGGACGGCUGAAUCGACGGAGUGAGAUAUCAGCAGUCUAGUUUCAGGUAAAGUGUUUGAAACUGCUGAUGGCAGAUUCUGAGCACUGCUAUGACCUCAGAAACAGGUUAGAAGGUAAGGGGUUAAAGUGCGGAGACAACAAAGAGACAACCUGACCGCACCAACACCUGAUCAGAUUCAGAAGUGUCAUGCAGACAAACUGAUGCAGCUUUGGCCUCCUUUUUUUUGUACUUGCACACAAGCCUUCUCUGAUGCCAUUCAGUAAAUCUCUCUCAUAGCCACCCACCCCCCUUUUUUUCUUUUCCUCUUUAGUGGUAAAAGGAUGCAGCUUUAUGUGUUUGUCAUGUGGUGGCUUUUUUUUUACCAGUUCUGAAACAAGAGGUUUAACUACAGAAGUCCUUAUUAGUAAAAAUGUUGUUCCAGUGCCAAAGGUUUAACUCCACAAAGUUGUGUUAUCAGUGUGAAAUACUCAGCUCUGAUGACUUCUCGAUUCUGUGAAGAGCUGACUAAAAAGCUGAUUCAUGAUAUUAGCUGGUGUCGUCCCGCAGCAGCUCGUGAGGUCUCUUUUGUGGACGAAAUGACGCCGACGAGAGACUUGUAGAUGCAUGAAGGGCUCUGUUCAAAAACCGGCUCUUUUCUGAAUAAAAUAUAUUUCGUUUACCGGCAGCCUCCAAAUGUCACAACAGAAAUCUCAGCUGAAAGUGGUUAUUCAUUUAAGGGUGUCCAAUAUGAGAGGAGUUUCCCAUCACCAACUUAGAGCUGACUCAACAAUUUUUUUUUUUACAUAAAUGCACUUUGAGGUUUCCGUUCAAAUGUUUGAAAUCUCUAAAUAAACAUAUAAAGAUUUUUUUUUCAAAUGAAAUAACUGUCAAUAAAAAACAGAAUAUGUUUAAAAGAACUUUAUUCUCGGCUCUUCCGAGACUUGAGCUGGAGUUAACUCGUCUUUGGUCAUUUUAGUUGCAAGUAUUUCUUGGAGGCUGGUCAUAACGUACAUCCUAUAAAUAUCUCUACAUUUCAAAUAAAAAACAUAUGACAAGUAAUUUAAUAGAUAUAAGCAGCGAGUUGAGUACCUUUCUUUUUUGCCCCACUCAUCCAAGACUAAAGGUUCAGCAGGGAAACCCGGAUGCCCCUCCUCCACAGCAACCCCCUCCAGCUCUUCUUUGAGGGUCUCAAGGCGUCAAACUCUCCGGCUCCUUGGACCUCCUCUGUGCUUCAAACCGGAGCGGAGUGGACGCUGUACAAAUUGGGAUGCAACUAACGGCGGCGAACUGCGCACCACAGCAGAGCGGAGCAGAACUGCAUCUAGUAAUACUCAAACCUCAAGUCUGCUCACUGAAGAAGGCGGCGGGAAGCACGAGAACUACGUCGAAGCCCAUCAGCUUCCCUCUCCUUCUGUCAGCGUUGUUACGUGUGUCUGACACACAGAGAGAAUCCACGGCGUCAUCAAACCACCACUUCAUGUCGUUUCCAUCCGGAAGACCGUCCCAGCCUGGAAGCAGCUCUUUGCAAGCAUGUCUCCUCGGUUUGUCCUCCUGUCCCUCCUGGCUGUCCUCUCCAUCUUCGCCACGUCUCGGAGCACCCGGGUUUGCAACAACCAGUGCUGCCGCUUCGUGGAGGGCUUCCCCGGCCGGCUGAAGAAGCUCAGGCAGGACUACUCCCGGAUCAGAGACUUCUAUGAAGCAAAUGAUGAUCUUGACACAGCGCUGCUGGACCAGAGCGUCGAGGAUUCAUUUAAGAGUCCGUUCGCCUGCCAAGCCAUAGGCGGCAUUUUGGGCUUUUAUCUGGACACGGUUCUGCCCACAGCGGUGGCCGGAGUCAGUGACGACGCCACCCGGAGCCUGAAGCCCCAUGUGGAGUCCAUCCAGCAGAUCUUCGAUCAGCUCAAGACUGACGUCACUAAAUGUAGACACUACUUUUCCUGCAAAAAUCAGUUCGACAUCAGAAAUUUAAACUCAACUUACACUCAGAUGGAGAGUAAAGGUCUGUUUAAGGCMAUGGGGGAGCUGGACUUGUUGUUUAACUACAUUGAGACAUACUUGGCAUCGAAACGACACAUAAACCUGUGAACUCUGCUCUUUUUAUAUUUAUAUUACUGUGCUCAUUUUGUUGGGGGGCGGGGGCACUUUUUGUCUACAUUCAGUCCAUAAUAUUCAGGAAUAUGAAUGCUAUUAUCAGGCAAUUGUUGUCUUUGUUGUUCAAAGACUCAAGUUUUAUGUUUUUGUCCCACGGACAAGUUUGUGGUUUGAGAAUGUUCUUGUGUCAUACACGUGAUUGUAUCAAAACUGUGCUAUUUAUUGCUUUUAAUAUGCAUUUUUAGUAUUUAUUAAGUAUUUUUCUACAGAUGCAAAUAAAGCCCCUGAAAAGAA